AUGCGCUUGCCGGCGAUCCUUGCCGGCCUCUUGCUGGUCACCCGGCUGUCCAAGGGCGAGAUCCUGACGCCGCCAUACUUCAACCUGGCUGAAGGCAAAAACAUCAUCGCCUCGGCUACGUGCGGCGUCGACUCCACAGGUCCAGAGCUUUACUGUAAGCUUGUUGGUGCGAACGCCGAUCAAGAUGAAGAUAUUAAUCUAAUACAGGGUCAGGUAUGCGACUAUUGUGAUCCUGAUAAUCCUGAGAAAAGACAUCCACCUGAAUACGCGGUUGAUGGCAUGGAAACUUGGUGGCAAUCGCCGCCUUUAUCCAGAGGGAUGAAGUAUAACGAAGUGAAUCUGACGAUUGAUCUUGGACAGGAAUUCCAUGUGGCUUACGUUUACAUACGAAUGGGCAACUCCCCCCGGCCAGGGCUUUGGGUCCUAGAAAAGUCGAAGGACUACGGCAAGACUUGGUCGCCCUGGCAGUACUUUUCGGAUUCCGCCAGUGAUUGUUUGACGUAUUUUGGUGUAGACAGCCACAAGCCGAUCGUUCGAGACGACAGUGUGAUCUGCACAACCGAGUUCUCGCAGGUUGUCCCGCUCGAGGGCGGUGAAAUUCCAAUCUCGAUUUUGAACAACCGGCCCUCGGCGAAACACUAUUUCAAUUCAACCUUGCUACAAGAAUGGACGCGGGCGACCAACGUCCGUUUCCGCUUUCUCAGGACAAAGAAUUUACUAGGUCAUCUAAUGUCCGUCGUCCGUCAGGAUCCCACUGUUACGAGAAGAUACUUUUAUUCAAUAAAGGAUAUUAGCAUCGGCGGUCGCUGCAUGUGCAACGGACAUGCGGAUACUUGCGACAUUCAGGACCCCAAUAUGCCGAAGAAACUAGUCUGCCGAUGCCAGCACAACACUUGCGGGCCUCAGUGCGCGACUUGUUGCAAGGGCUUCGAGCAGAAGAAGUGGCAGCAGUCCACGGCAUCUAAAAAAUUCACAUGCGAACCCUGCAAUUGUUUCGGACACUCGGACGAGUGCAGCUAUGAUCCGGAAAUGGACGAAAAACACUUGUCGCUGGAUAUUCACGGUAAUUACGAGGGCGGUGGUAUAUGUCAGAAUUGCAAACAUAAUACCGAGGGCAUCAAUUGCAAUCGCUGUAAACCUAGGUUUUAUAGGCCUCGGGACAAACCGCUGAACGCGACCGACGUGUGUCAACCUUGCGACUGCGAUUACUUUUAUUCGACCGGAAAUUGCGCCGAUUCCACCGGGAAGUGCGAGUGUCGGAAAGAAUAUGCCCCGCCGAACUGCGACUCUUGCAAUUACGGGUACUUCGGCUAUCCCACUUGCCGACCUUGCGAGUGCCACUUACAGGGCACCGAUGGUUAUCACUGCGAAGCAACGGAUGGUUAUUGUCCUUGCAGAUUUAAUUACGCCGGUCACUAUUGCAAUCUCUGCGCGGAGGGAUACUACAAAUUCCCCGAUUGCUUACCUUGCGUCUGCAAUCUUCUGGGCGCUAUGAACGGCGUCUGCGAUGUGGUAUCAGGUAACUGCACAUGCAAAAACAACUAUGGCGGCAGAUCGUGCGACAUUUGCGAGGACGGUUACUUCAAUUAUCCUCUUUGCACAUAUUGCAAUUGCGAUGCGCGUGGAACAAAACCCGGCAUUUGCAACAAGAAUGAUGGUGCUUGCUUAUGCAAGGACGGAUACGGCGGUGCUAGAUGUGACCAGUGCAUUCCUGGAUAUUACGGUUAUCCCAACUGUAGACCGUGCAAUUGUAGUUCUGUCGGCUCAUCCAUCAUCAGUUGCGAUUCCGCGGGCAAGUGCUCGUGUCUCACCAAUUUCGCCGGAAGAACUUGCAAUCAAUGCAGUCCGGGAUAUUACAAAUAUCCGGAGUGCAUCGCAUGUAAUUGUGACAGUCAUGGCUCGAUCGGUGUGUCCUGCGACAGCGAGGGUAAAUGUCAAUGUCGGGAAAACUUUGACGGUAUCCGAUGUGAACAAUGCAAAGAGGGUUACUACAACUUCCCCACCUGCGAGGGUUGCAAUUGUGAUCCGGCCGGCAUAGUUGCGACCUUUCAAGGUUGCGGAUCUCUACCGCCUGGCGAACUUUGCCAAUGUAAGGAUCGAGUCGAGGGUAGAAUAUGCAACCAAUGCAAGCCACUCUAUUGGAAUCUGCAGCCUUACAAUCCGGAUGGUUGCGAAGACUGCCAUUGUAACAUUCCCGGAGUCAUUGGCAGCAUCGGCGAGUGCGACACUAAGACUGGACAGUGCAUAUGCAAGCCUGGAGUGACUGAUAGAGGAUGCAGCAGAUGUAUCGAUGGAACAUACAAUCUUCAAGAGAGCAAUCUUUUCGGUUGUUCGGACUGUGCAUGCGAUGUCGGUGGUUCCGUGAAUCUGAUAUGCGACAAGCAAACCGGCCAGUGCCCUUGCCAACCACGAGUGACCGGUAUAACAUGCAAGGAGCCUUUAAAGGCGCACUAUUUUCCUACGCUUCAUCAAUAUCAAUACGAGGCUGAGGACGGCAGAACUCCUAGCGGCAGCGCCGUCCGUUAUGGUUUUACGGAAGAUCUCUUCCCUGGCUUCAGUUGGAAAGGUUACGCUGUGUUCUCCGCUCUGCAGGACGAGAUCGUGCUGGGUGUCGGCAUCGGCAAGUCCUCGCUUUACCGAAUGGUUCUACGCUAUGUCAACCCUAAUAAUGAGCCGAUUCUCGGCACCAUUACUAUCACUCCCGACAAUCCAACCGAGGUAGAGCAGCACUUUAAAGUCAAUUUCAAACCGACCAGCCAACCGUCUUUUGUAACAGUUGCCGGAGCGCAUGGCAAUCAUCCAUCGCCUAUGGUGAUGGAUCCUGGACAUUGGUCUAUCAAAAUUGCUACGGAAAAGAGUUUGUUCCUUGACUACUUUGUCCUAUUACCAUCUGAAUACUACGAAGGUGGCAUACUAACGCAAGAUGUGAAUAUACCCUGCGAAGUCGGUUACAGGGGACUCUGCAGACACUAUGGAUAUCCCAAUUUGAUACGGUUUGACUCGGUUUAUGGUGGCGGCGGCUUCCUUAGCGAGAACAAUCUCCGAAUUCCAUUAACAGAAUAUUUCACUGAUCACGAGGCUCUGCAAGAGAUUGGCAAAGAGGAAGUACCGCUCAUCAAUAAUCAACAAGAGGAGAUCCACUUCGAACUGAGAAUUAGCAAACCUGGUCCCCAUGUUCUCGUGGUGACUUAUGUUACAUCACGAGACGAGCAAUCUACGUCAAUAUUAUUAAUUGAGGCCAAUACCGUCGGCAAGGGCAAAGUUACUUUAAACCCCUGCAAAUAUACUAGCACCUGCCGACAAGUCGUUACUGAUACUUAUGGUAAGGUAGCCGUCAUGAACUUUCCGUCAAAUUAUGUCAGCUUGGUGUUAACUGGCGAACCGGCUUCCAAUGUUGGGAUUGACUCGGUAGUAGCAAUUCCCUAUAAUCAGUGGUCACUGGACUAUGUGGAGCCCAAAUCCAUAUGUGUGAGGAAGGAUGGUAAAUGUAUACAGGGACUGUUCUCUGGCGCAGCUGAUGCCAAGAAGAUUGAGUUUGAAACGUCCAGCGGCGUUCUCGAGGCCAAACAUCGACCUUCUGGUAUUUACGAUAACGUUACUAAGUUGAUUUACUUAGGUGAUGAUGACGCAAUGGUGGAUAUUCGUGCAAAUGUGUCUCAGCAGGGAGAUUACGUUUUCGUGAUACAAUAUUAUCAACCAGACCAUCCCGAGUUCGAAUUGGACGUGCUAGUGCAGAACGGCAAGUACUAUGAAGCAAAGGUGCCGGUUCCCCACUGUCCUAGUAAUAGCGGUUGCCGCAGCAUCGUACGUCAGAUUGAUGGUGGCGGUACCAGAUUCCAAUUGAUCGAGAACUUUAUGCUGACGCUAAAGGAGCCCGGUGAUGGCCGCGGUAUUUGGCUGGAUUAUAUCCUGGUGAUACCGGCAGAUCAAUAUAACGAAAAAAUUCUCGGCAAACUACAAUUUGAUCGGACUAAGGAGUUUAUCAAGCGUUGCGGUAACAAUCAUUUUCAUAUCAACGUCACCGAGGAUGGUUUCUGUCGCGAUUCCAGUUUUUCGCUGACAGCCAAUUACAAUAACGGCGCACUACCGUGCAACUGUGAUGUCGAAGGCUCCACUAGUUUCGAAUGCGAUAAGUUUGGCGGUCAAUGUCCUUGCCGACCGAACAUCAUCGGCAGACGAUGCGAGAUCUGUCGGACAGGUUUCUAUGGCUAUCCUAGAUGUAGACCAUGCAAUUGCCCUACGACCGCGCUCUGCGAACCAAACAGUGGUAGAUGUAUCUGCCCGCCACGAGUGACAGGUCUUAGGUGCGAUCAAUGCGAGCUUGGUACAUAUGGAUUCCAUCCAAUUAUCGGCUGCGAAGAAUGCAACUGCUCGCCUAUGGGCGUUCUGGACGGUGAUCGGCAGUGCGACCUAUUCGAUGGCGGCUGUCGUUGCAAAGAGAACGUGGUGGGUCGUCAAUGCGACCGCUGCCGUGCCGGCUACUCACAAUUCCCGCAUUGCGAGCGCUGCGACUGCGACUCGCGCGGCACUACCAGUGACAUUUGCGAUCAGUAUACAGCUGAGUGCUUCUGCAAGGAGAACGUCCAGGGUUCAGCGUGCGAUGUAUGCCGUGAAGGCACUUUCGAUAUUCAGGCUGACAAUGAGGACGGCUGUACCAAAUGCUUCUGUUUUGGCAAGACCACCAGAUGUGCCUCUGCGAGCCUCUAUUGGACUCAUCUUAUGGACAUGGCUAAUUGGGAAAUAGUCGCGCCCGUAGAUAAAAAUGGCGAUUUCACUAAUCUGUCGACCUAUCCUGAGGAUAAUGCCACUACAAUUAAAGUCUCUCUUAGCAAUAAUGAUACUUACGAGAAUAUUGUCUAUUUCUCAGUGCCUGAUACAUAUCUCGGUAAAAAAUUGACUUCCUACGGCGGAUAUUUCAACUAUACCGUUUACUAUAGUACGGGACCCUUCGGUAAGGCUGUCAGCGCCGCUGAUGUGGUUCUUCAGGGUGCCAAUACUACCCUGUUCUACUAUUCUGACGAACAGCCGCCGUCUUUUGUAAACUUCAGAUCUUCCGUUCGUCUCGUUGAGACUAACUUUUUAACUAGCAAUAGACUCAGCGCUACGAGAGAACAAUUUAUGGUAGUUCUAGAAAAUCUACGCGGAAUUUAUGUACGUGCUACAUAUUGGAGUCCCAGCUUAAUGGCAACAUUAGCGUACGCAACUUUGGAUGUCACAACGGAACAGUAUUCCGCGCAAUAUAAUGUUCCAGCCAGCAGUAUCGAGCAGUGCCAAUGUCCACCCAAUUACCAAGGACUUUCAUGCGAAGAAUGCGCACCUGGCUACUACAGAGUUAAAUCAGGACCGUACGGAGGAUAUUGCGCGCCGUGUCAAUGCAAUGGCCAUGCGACCAUAUGUGAUGUGAACACUGGAAUUUGUCAGAAUUGCAAGAAUGGCACCACCGGCGACCAUUGCGAGUUCUGUGAACAGGGCUAUUAUGGUAACGCCACAGUGGGAACACCGUCUGAUUGUUUAAUUUGCGCGUGCCCACUACCGGUUACUUCUAACAACUUCGCCACUGGCUGCGAGGUAAAUGACGAGGGCAAUAAGAUUAGCUGCGACUGUCUACCUGGAUAUUACGGCGCCCGUUGCGAGGCUUGCGCUGCCGGUUACUACGGCAAUCCUGAAGUGUACGGCGACUAUUGCAAGCUGUGCGAAUGCUCUGGCAAUAUAGACACCAAUCAGUUCGGCUCAUGUGACAGCAUCACUGGUCAAUGCUUGCAAUGCCUGAAUAAUACAUAUGGCGAGGCGUGCAAUUUGUGCGCGCCUGGAUUCUUCGGCGAUGCCGUACAGCGAAAGGACUGUCGCAGCUGUGUGUGCGAUGAGUGCGGGAUGGAGCACUGCGAUAGCUACAGCGGCCAAUGCUUCUGUCAAGAAAACGUGAUCGGCGAGCAAUGUGAUCGCUGCGCGCCCGAUCAUUAUGGCUUCAGCGCUUGUGAAGGCUGCAGGCCCUGCGAAUGCGGUCCAGCCUCAGAGAGCAGCCAGUGUGAUGAGGAGACGGGACAGUGCAAGUGUAUGCCGGGUGUCACCGGUCGCAGAUGCGACCAAUGCAUUCAAGGAUAUUGGAACUAUGAAUCAGAUGGAUGCACAUCUUGUGAAUGUCACACUGGUUAUUCUGUCGGCGUAUCUUGCAAUACAACCACCGGCCAAUGUACCUGUCUACCAGGUGUGAUUGGUGAAAAAUGCGACCAUUGUCCGUAUCGACAUGUGCUUAUACCGGCGCAAGGUUGUUUCUCCUGCGGUUCUUGUACGGGGAAUCUUCUGGAUGUCACAGAUGAAUUGGAAGAUUUAUUGCAACCCAUUUCGCGCGAAUAUAGUACCGUUGCGGAAGGUUACUUUACAAACCAACGACUCAAAUUUAUCAAUGAUACAGCCAACGAGCUUUAUCCUGAAGUUCAAUCGCUAGAUCCAAGUCGAGUAAACUUGCAGCCAUUACAAAAGAAAUUAAAGGACUUGGAGCAUAUAGUGUAUAAUCAGAAACGACAGAUUGACUUCACCGCCGAAGACAGUAUCAAGUCAAAGAACGAUGCGGAAAACACACUGCGGGAUAUGAAUACCUUGGAUGAAGAUGUGGCACGCAAGAUUGAUUUAGUAAAUCUAAUUGUAUCGGAGGUGCAAUCAUUGGUAUUGAAUAUUGAAUUAGGAACAGCCGCCAAGCUCGAAAGUGCCCUAAACGAGGCAAAGGAGAUUCUGAAGAAAAUCCAAGACGUUUCCUUCGUCAAGUUCCGAGACAAUGCCGUGGACCAAGCCGACCAGGCCAACAUUCUAGUUUCCGAGAUGCAGCAGUACAAUUUUCCGGUCAGCAAUUUAAGCUUCGCUGCAUCUGAUCUUAGCAAUAGGAUCAAGAACGCUAGCGCCAAGAUGGAUGAUUUGCUAGAUAUUGCGCAAACGGCUCAAGAAUCGGCCAGCAUGGUCGAUAAGUUGAAUCGAGAGAACAGAAUCGCAGCGCAGACUGGUAACUUGGACGUGGUGAAAAAUUCCACGGCUGAAGCAAAGGAAGAUUUAGAAGCCGGCGAGAAGCUCAACAAAAAUGCCAGCCAGUUCCUUAAUGACGCUAAAGCCAACAUCGUUAUUCUGCAAACCAAUGCCGUUGGCGACACGGCUGCUCAGUUGAACAAUACCAUCGUCCACAACGAUCAAAUGUUAUUCGAUCUAACUGAACCGAUACAGAGAGCUCAUUCUCAUGCAGUAUAUUUGUAUAAUCGUUCGUUGGAACUGGAUAGUUUGUUAACUGAUACUCGCAAUACUAACGCCGUGAGAGCCGUUUCAGCAUACAGAGAUAUCGAAAUCGCUAUUCAAGCUGCGAAAGACGCUGCGGACGAUGCUAUAAACGCUGCUGAGAAUGCAACAUUAUUAUCUGCUGGAAUCGAGCAAAAGAUAUUGGAUUCUCGACAAGAAUGCUUUAAGUUAUUCUCCGUCGCACAACUCGCUCUAAUGAAGGCAACUGAACAGCCAGAGAAUGAUUUGCGAGAUGCAACAAACAACGCGACCUUGAUCGAUAACCAAAACAACCUCAACAAGGAACUUCUCGAUUCUAUUGACAAGACCCUCGGCAAUAUUCCUUUACAGUCGUUCUCAAUCGCGCAUGAUGCCAUGAAUCAGGCUGUGAACGUCGAGCACGACAUCAAAUUUGCCAUCGACAACAUGAACGGUAUCGUGGAUCAGAUUCCGGAGGACUUGCGAGAGACAAAGCAGCUGUCGAAAAAUACUUCAGAGUCGAUCCGCGACAUAUCGCAGGCAAAGAAACAGCUAGAUAUUGUCGACAAAAUGACGCCAAAUAUUAUUAAUCUGCUAAAAAGUUUAAAUAAUAAUCAAAAAUCGGUUGAUACGAUCGGAAACGACCUGCAGAGCAGGAUCGAGGCUUUGAGGAACAAGAUUGCGAAUGCACGAGAACUAGCGAAUCGAUACAAGACUGGCUUGACCUUCUAUAGAAACACUACUCUAGAGUUGAAGAAUCCAGAGAGUCUGCCAUUACUAGCCACAUCUACUAUGAUCUCUCUGUAUUUCAGAACCAACAAGACUAACGGUUUCCUAUUAUAUCUCGGUAAUGAGGAAACAGUCAAACUAGCACGCUCUACGACGUAUGAUUUUAUGGCGCUAUUGAUCGAAAGCGGAUAUCCCGUACUUAUAGUUGAUUUAGGAUCUGGACCCGAAAAGAUAAUUCAUAACAGAUUUGUAUCGGAUAACGUGUGGCGGCAGAUAAUUAUCGACAGAACUGGCAAGAACGUUAAAUUGAUCGUUCGCGAAGAUAUCGGUGAAGGCAAGGAUGCAUUAUACGAAAAGGAGCGAGUGCUAUCGGGCUCUUAUUAUAUCUUCAAUGUAGAUCAGGAGCAUUCAAAAUUGUUUGUCGGUGGAUUUCCGUCGUCCUUCCACAUUCAAGAUGCCGUGACCACAGCCUCAUUCGAGGGUGAGAUGGAAGAGCUAAUAGUAGGCGAUAUACCAGUGUCUUUCUGGAAUUUUGUCGACGGUGAGAACAACUGGAAGAGUGCAUUUGAGCGCGACAAGCUCAUCAACUUUGCACCGAGUAGGGGAUAUCGCUUCGAUCGACACGGAUACGCAAUCCUCAGUAAGAGAGGUUCGCAGAUCACACCAGAUACCAGAAAGUUCAUUAUCAAAUUAUCCUUCAAGACCCUCACAGAAGAUGGAUUGAUUUAUCUAAUGGGCAAAGGCAGGCAAUUCUUAUCACUGGAAAUAAAAAAAGGUCGAAUAUUGUAUCAGUACGAUCUUGGCGAAGGUGUGAUUGGCUUGCAAUCCAACGACAGAUAUAAUGAUGGUAAUUGGCACACCUUGGAAGCCAUCAGACAGGACACAAGGGGUGCGCUGAAAAUCGAUGACCACACGGUCGCGUCGAGACAAGAGCAAGGAACCACCAAGCCUUUGGCUACAUCGGAUCACAUUUAUUUCGGUGGAUAUCCGCCUAAUGUAAAACAUCAUUAUCAUACAGUUACCAAUAACGGCUUUGAAGGUUGCAUCGAUGAUGUUGUCAUCCUCGAUACUUCAGUCGAUCUUACUCACAACAUUCAGGCAUUUGGAGUUAUACCUGGUUGUCCAGUCAGGUUUGCUAGGCUCGUCUCGUUCGAGGAAAACAUGCCUGGCUACGUGAGGUGGCGCAACUUAAUAUCCAACGAUCUCCAAGUAAAUCUUAAAUUUAAAACUUUAGCCAAUGACGGUCUAAUUUUCUACGCGACCAAUGAUGAUCAAGGAAAUCCAGCCAGCAGUUUCUUGUCGCUAAUAGACGGUCAGCUGGUAUUUAAUAGCCAAGGUGAAGUACUUAGGACUAACCCGUCCGAUGUCAACUUCAAUGAUAAUGAGUGGCACGUAGUGACUGCCACUCAUAGCCAAUCAGAUCUCAGUCUUGACAUCGACGACACAAAGAGUUAUAGCACCAACUCGGCGCCGCCACCGCUGAACUUCCUCUAUGGCAGUCUAUAUAUCGGCGGAUUGCCGUUGACUCUCGACCUUGUUAAUACUGUGCCUUUCGUCGGUUGCAUCGGCGACGCGACUGUCAACAGCAAGAUCAUUAUCAAUUUUGCCAACACGACUGAGAGGCCGCAUGCGUUCCUAGGAAAAUGCAAGGGUGGCGAUCAAACACCUUUACCGCCAAUCGUCGAACCUGAAUUUUUGCCACCGUUGCUGCCGUCAGAAGUUCCUGAAGAUUCGGUGGAAUCGUCAACUCAAAUCAAUAUCAUAGACGUCGACUUAGAAAAGGAAGACGACAAGGAUGAAUGGGAAGAACCAAAGUUGGAAGGACGAGUUGAUGUUGAAAAAUACGAUACCACUACCACGACUACUACACAGCAACCUCAAACUGUCGAUGAAUGUCACUUCCCAUACUAUCCAGCUGUGGAUCCUGAUGUCAAGAAUUCUUGGCGAUUUGGCGUCGCGAAGAACAGUAGAUUAGAAUAUAGAACACUGAAGGGAAGAUACAAGGACGAUUACGAUUUCCAAAUCGAUAUAAAAACAACAGCGGAGAAUGGAAUUAUAUUCUACGCUUCCGGUCUCAAAAAUACGAACUUGAUCGCCGUGUACAUAUUUAACGGAAAGGUUCACUACAUAUUCAACUGCGGAAGCGGCUCGGCGUUAUUGGUAAACGACAAGUUAAUCAAUGACGAUGCAUGGCAUAUAGUAGUUUUCAAGAGACAAGGUAAAUAUGGCUCACUGACUGUAGACGAAGAGACCCCAGUGACGGGAUACUCGCUGGGAGACGCCACAACCAUCAACGUUAAUCCACCGUUCUUCGUGGGAGGUAUUUUGCCAGAAAUGUCCAGCAUCGCGCAUACAAACAUUACUAUCAAUAAGACAUUUAACGGCUGUCUAGCAAAUUUCAUGAUGAACGGCCAAACUGUUGGAGAACCACCAGAGAAAAUAGGCGUAAUACCUUGCUCGAGCAGAGUCGAAAAUGGUAUCUUCUUUUUCCCAGGAAAUGGUAGUAACUUGUAUAAAGCAGUUGAUAGAUUCAACGAUGUAGGCACGAUUGAGAUCGAGAUGGACAUAAAACCACGCUCGACGUCCGGACACUUGCUAUCGGUACAUGGUAAGAAGGAUUAUCUUGUGCUGGAGAUGAUCAAUGGUACCAUCAAGUUUGUCGUAAAGACACAAAAAGGCUUGAUCGAGACCUCUUAUGAGCCGCCGAAAUCAAACUUCCUAUGCGACGGUCAAUGGCAUCAUAUUACAGCCUCCAAACAGAAGAAUGCAGUAUUGCUGGCAAUCGAUCAUAAACCGUUGCCGCCCGCAGUUAGUAACUCGAAUAUGGGUAGAGUCGUAUCAAAGCAACCGAUAUACAUCGGUGGCCAUUUUCUACUUAGAAGAGGAUUGCAAGGCAGCACCUCGAAGACUCAAUAUGUCGGCUGCAUUAACAACAUUCAUGUCAACUCGAAACUCAUCAUCAUCAGGCCCGAGCGAGCCUACGGACAAGUGAUUGCCGGUAAAUGUCCGACUAUUUAAAACGAUCGAAAGGAAUUUCAACGUAUGACGAAAAUUUUAAUCCAAAAUUACAUGAGAGAAUUGUUUUUUUUUUUCUUCAAAACAUUGUUUUCAUUAAUUUCUACAAUGCCUAUAUGCAUGCAAAAAAUAAUACAUAAUAUAAAUAAAUCUGCAUGAAAAAAUCUGAAUUUAUAUAGAUCCUUUAGUUUUUCUCUUUGGAAAAAAUGUUUUUUCAAUUUUCCAAAGAGUUAUAUGAAAAUUUACUUGUACAGGAUAAAGAAAUGUUUGUAACACCAAAGAUAUAUGAUCUAAUAAAAGAGAUAUAAGUUAUAUACUAUAGAUGAGAAAGUUUAUACAGAAAAGGAAGCAAGUCAAAAAUGAGAUUAGAAUAUUUAUAAAAUUUA